AUGGACGGUUACGUAAACGUCAAUUUCUUCUGGGGAGGUAAAAUCAUAAAACAAGAUAACGAUGUUCUCUACACCUUAGAUCCGAAAGAAAUGAUGUAUGUGAAAUUGAGCAGCUCACUUGAAGAACUACGAGAUAUGUCUGUUAAAUCGGACGACGAUGUUCGUAGGAUGUUAAGUAUCCCCGAGAGAUUUCACUUGGGUGGAGACGUAUCAUUGUUUAUCGAGGCCGAGAGUAUUGCUCAACCCAGCCAACACUAUGGAGGCGAGUAUGGGGGGAACUAUGGACAAACCGGACAAACCGCUGCAGGUGGCCAAGUUUCAAAUUAUGUUGAAAACUACGGUUGGAGUUUUGGAGGCGAUUAUGGGGGAAACUAUGGACAAAGUCAGGGCAUGCAAGGGUGGUCUAGCGGCUACAACUACGGGACGAUUGGAGAGUAUGGUGGUGGCUCGAGUAAUACGGGUCGUUUUGUUGUUGAAGAGGUUGUGGACGAGGACGAUUUGAGUGGUUGA